UUCCUCUAAUUUUCCUACAACUACACAUGCCUAAUUACCCUCUAAUUUUCUUUCACUUUUUCUUCUUGUUCUAAUCUUAUCUUUUCUCUGAAUUUUUGUAUAAAGUAGGGAAAAAGCUUUGCAUGUGUGACAUCAUUGUAAAAUCCCAAGGUUGGUCGAUCAAAUUCAUAUACUUUGUGUUCUUGGAACAGUUGCACAGCUGGUAGUAAUUGCCUCAAAUAAUAAAUACAAACAAGGCCAUUUUAAUAAUUUAUUGUAUUUUAAUUUGGAUGGAGUGAAUUAGAAAGAAAUGAUGGCUCCAAGCACAAAUGUGUUACCCUGUAAUGGAGAAAUGGAAAAUAUAUCAGAAAAUCAUCAAGAGGAAUGUGGUCAUUCAAGCCACUUAAAUAUAGGGAAGCCACCAACAGGGAUGCGGCAUUGUAUCAGCCAAGCUACCUUGGCAGCUACUGCUUCUGCAUUGGAUUCACAAAUUCUUGCUCUUAAAUCAUCACCAAGUGACGAUUCAGGAUACGUUCCCAUCUUUCGCUCAGGAAGCUAUUCUGAGAUGGGACCAAAACCAUACAUGGAAGACGAGCAUAUCUGUAUCGAUGACCUGCGGGAACACAUUGGCGCAUCCGAGGGGCUUCUUUCUCCGGGGGCAUUUUAUGGGGUGUUUGAUGGUCAUGGUGGUGUUGAUGCUGCGUCAUUCACCCAAAAGAAUCUCCUAGACUUCAUUGUAGAGGAUUCGCAUUUUCCAUCGAUGGUCAAAAGAGCUAUCAGGAAUGCUUUUAAGAAAGCUGAUAGUGCACUCGCUGAUACAAAAUCACUUGAUAAUACCUCUGGAACAACUGCUCUGACCGCACUUAUGUUAGGACGGACCAUGGUUAUUGCGAAUGCUGGGGACUCUCGAGCUGUACUAGGAAAACGAGGAAGAGCGAUAGAAUUAUCAAAGGACCACAAACCAAACACUAAUUCUGAAAGAUUACGAAUCGAGAAACUAGGGGGAGUCAUUUAUGACGGUUAUCUCAAUGGCCAACUCUCGGUUGCACGAGCUCUUGGUGAUUGGCACAUAAAGGGUUCCGAAGGUACAAAGAGCCCCUUAAGCUCGGAGCCAGAGUUGGAAGAGGUGAUCCUAUCCGAAGAGGACGAGUUCUUGAUCAUGGGCUGUGACGGCUUAUGGGAUGUCAUGAGUAGCCAGUACGCUGUAACAAUCGUGAGGAAGGAACUCAUGCUGCAUAAUGAUCCCGAGAGGUGCUCGAGGGAGCUUGUCAGGGAGGCACUAAAACGUAACACGUGUGAUAAUCUAACUGUACUUGUAGUCUGCUUCUCUCGCGAUCCACCCCCUCGAAUUGAAAUACCAAGAACUGAGAGGAGGAGGAGCAUAUCAGCCGAAGGAUUGGAUCUUAUAAAGGGUGUCUUGAGUGACAUAGAAAGCAGAUUUUGAUCAACUGUUUGUACAGAUGAAUUAGCCUACUUACUACAUUGUCAGGGAUUUUUCUGAGUUUUCUGCUGUCCAUGGCAAUGGUUAAUUGUUGUUGAUAUGAAAGAAAAGGAGCC